AUGUAUUUGAACUCCCUGCUAGACGGAUGCAGAUUUAGGGAAGAAGGGAUACCUCGACCAAUCUUUCCAAAGAGAUCAAGUGACCAAAAGAAGGACCAAAAACUUGGACGAAGUGCCGAGUCGACUCCACGAAGCCCGCUGAUGACGGUGGCGAGGACAGUGAAGAGCAAAUUUUCAAAAUUGACCAGAAUGGGACGACACGAGCAGGACGUCUCCAUGAAGGGCAGUCAGAGCUUCUCAGGAAUUCGACAACCAAAAGCAACUGUACCAAAGCGGAUAGACCAGAAUGCAAAUCGAGUCAUCAAAUCGUCCUCAAUGGAGGUACCGUCGACCAGUCAGGAAACAUCCACUUCUAGACAUAUGGUGGUGAUCCCGCAGAAUCCCAAGGGGCUAGAGGAUUUCUCAGAGGAAGCUUCAUUAGCUGAACAAGGGAAAGUUGACGACGAUGUGGUGAUGGAAGAACCUCCAGAGGCAAUUGUACCACAUGCUGACGACGGCCCGACGGCUCACCAAUCCCUUUCGGUGACACUGAAUGAAGAUCUGCUUGUCGUCACGAAACAAAUUGACUCAGCUGAACACAGGUAA